UAUCGUUAAACGUACUACGCGCUCUAUGGAACGAUCAUCGCGAUGAUUAUUGUACAGGCUUUGCUUUCGCUUUGCUAAAAGUUAUUCUUGAGGAAACUAGACGAAAUCGUAGGUGGAAAAUGUCCCAGUCACCGGAAAUUUUUAUCAGUACGACGGGUCAAGACUCUAAUUGGUCCUAUGCGAAAUGUAUCCAGCCGUAUCUUCUCAGAUCCGAUCCAGGGGAUUGUAAAUGUGACGUUCAUGGCUUCGAGACUGCAGGAAAAGCUAGAUAUCAACAGCUCGCUGAUAAGGAACGUCGACUUUACAAUGCACUAAUUAAGGUCAAUCGUGAAAUGACGGAUCUCACAUCAUCGAUGUUAGAUAGCGUUUCCGACAUGGAAGAGACGAUGAAAAGUAUUUAUAAAACGGAUUAUGAGAAGAGGGGUUUACCUGUCACACGAUACAGACCAUUAAUGGCAGCGAUAGAUUCGCCGGUUGGAUCACCCAUUACGUCGGCAGUUAUCGCUUUAAAAGACGCUUACAGAGAUCCUACCAGAUUUAAAUCCUCGGCUAUAGAAAGCUUGACAAUACCAUCUGUCAAAACGAUCAAUCUCUUAAACGAUAAGCAAGUUUCAGCACCAUGUUCUUUCUGGGACCAACUAUUUACAGGCUGCUCCGAGUACAUGGAUACCAUAAGCAAAAUAGCUUUAAUUAAUAUGAAAAAUCAGCAGCGAUAUUUGGCGCCUCUUUUUGUGUCGAGAAAACUGGACAAUUGCAAUUCCCUCAUUAAAGAUAAUGUAUGCAGAUAAAUUGUGUAAAAUAUGUAAAAUUUAAAAAAUAAUACAACGAAUAGCUGAACGAUAGAUUCUUUCUUUCAAUUUUCAUCUAUACGCUUGGCGCUG